GCCGAACUCAAUUUUCACUCGCCACCCGAAUCGUCCCGAAUUGCUGGAUUUGGAACUGGAACGGACCAUGAAAACAACCAAUCUCGGCCUGUACGCUUUCCGUUUAACCUUCGGUCAGGUGAGCUCUCGCACAUUAAACCACAAAAGCAGGGAGCAGCAUACCCAUUUCGGGGGCAGACAUUGAGUUUUCCGGCCAGGCGAACCCACAUCACCCCACAAUCGCCAUACACAAUGGAGCAACUGCAGCCGGGAGACGCAUGCCUGGAGUGCCUAGGAUUGGGCAGGAAUCACAAGCUGCGCUUCUUCAACAUAAAUCUUGAGGAGCAGCUGCUAAAGUGCGAGUCGCGGAGUUGUCUGUGGCCACACAACGACGAGGUCUCCUCGGAUGAAGAGCUAGACUUGGAGGCAGGAGUUCCCUUUAGUGAUCCAUUGUCAGCUAUUCGUGUUGUAGAAACUCCGGGCCCUACGCUACCUCCUCCCUCUGGAGCUAUUUCAUUGGCUAAUCCUCCUUCAGAUGAUGACGACGAGUUCAUACUACAAUUGCUGCAACAACUGACUCCUAGCACAGACACGAACUCAGUUGAAUCUUUUACUGAAUCAAAUAUGAAUCUCAGCUCAAUGGCAGAUCUCUUCUCUCUAAACCAUACAGAAGAAAAGUCUUGUCCAGAACUGGAGCUUCCGGACUUAAGCUUCCUGGAGGAAAAUAUUACCGGACUUAAAGAACCACCAAAAGCUGUGAUAGCAAAGCAGGAAAUAACUCUCCUGCCAGCCAAGUUAAGGUCUCCGCCAAAGUCUAAAAUUCCACAAAGUUACAAAGUAAAGGUGGAAGUGGCUCCUCUUAAGACUCCCAGCUCCCAAGUUAAGCAGGAUGUUGUUCCACUUAAUACUUGCAGCUCCCAAACUAAGCAAGAAGUGGCUCCUCUCAAGAUUUUUACGGGGUCCACUUUCCAGAGAAAACUGGAAAUACCCUUGCUACCCGCAUCUCUAAACAGUUCCCCAAGAAUAAAACCCAAGGGUGAUCCAUUCAGUACUCCACCGAAGAAAGCAUCAACACAGCCACAAACGCAGCUUCAAACAUCGCCUGCUGUCAAUAUCAUUAUCAGUAUUCCCGAGCUGAAUCCGGCCAUUCCCUUCCUGGACGCCAUCAAGCGCCAUUCCGCAGAGGCAAAACACACUGCUCGUGCAGGAGGAAGACGACCCAGACGCCUAACCAGAGAAACCCCAGGCAGAGGCAUUCGCACCCAGGAGUUAAGGAACUUGAUAGAGCAGUUGGAAACCACUGCGGAUGCGAAACGCUCGGCACCACCUCCAUGAUCAGCUCCAUUUUUCCUUAUUCAAGUAUUAGAAAUAAAUUUGCAUAUGAAAUUAUGCACGCAAUCACCGGACGAGAA